CUCCUGCGUUACCAUUCCAUUCCUUGUUCUCGUUGUGUGCUGUGCACCCAACAGUCUUUCAUUUUACUGCCCUCGGCCAUUCGUUUGCCUCCAGACAGUCAUUUCCGCACGUCGCGAUAACAUAACUAUCCAAUCUUUUCAAUCCUUUCUCGCCUCCAGCCUCCGCAAGAUGCCCUCCUUUACUCAUCUUCUGUCCGCGGGUCUGCUCGCUGCUUCGGCAGUUGCUUUCCCGGUUCAGACCCGGAAGACGAGCGUUCAGAAGCGCUCCAGCAGCAGCAAACUCGGUGCUGCAUACAAUGAUGCGACCCUGGUGAGCACUUUGGCUGACGACGCGUCUGGUACGGUGUCGUGGUCUUACAACUGGGGUAGCUCCGUGGGUGGCGACAUGCCGUCGGACGUGGAGUAUGUCCCCAUGCUUUGGGGCUCUGGCUCGGACUAUGUCAGUGGCUGGACGGAUGCGGUGGAGACGGCGCUGUCGUCGGGCAGUUCGUAUAUCCUGGGUUUCAACGAGCCCGACAUGUCGUCGCAGGCGGAUAUGACCGCUGCUACGGCUGCCGCGCUCUACGCCGAGUACAUCACUCCCUACGCUGGCAGCGCCAAGUUGGUCAGCCCGGCGGUGACUUCUUCCAGUAGCAGUGGCGAGGGUCUGGACUGGUUCAAGAGCUUCAUGAGCGACUGCUCGUCCUGCAACAUCUCCGCCCUCGCGGUGCACUGGUACGGCGACUCGGUGGACGAGCUCAAGACCUUCGUCGAAGAGGCGAUCGAGACGGCCGCCGACUAUGACAUCUCCGAGGUCUGGCUCACCGAGUUCGGCCUCGAUGCCGACACCAGUGGCAUCUCCGACGCCUCGACCACCGUCAGCUUCCUCGAGGAGGCGGUCUCCUGGCUGGAGUCUCAGUCAUCUGUGGCGCGCUAUGCUUUCUUUUACUGUGCCAACAACUACCUGUUGACAGAUGAUGCAGUCAACUCGGUCGGUGGUGCCUACAUGUCCAGCUCGUCUUCCUCUAGCUCCACCUCGACCUCUUCUGCGUCCUCUACCUCGUCUUCCUCGUCGUCGGCAUCGUCGUCUGCAUCGUCGUCGGCAUCGUCCGCAGCUUCCUCGGCCGCUUCUUCAACUUCUACCUCCUGGUCCACUUCAUCAUCUGAGUCGUCCUCAUCCGAGUCGUCCUCCACCGAGUCCUCUUCCACCUCCGACUCCUUCUCGGUCACUUGGGACGCUAAGAUCGCACUGUUGCCUCCCAUUCAGCACUCUUAGUCUUUUGAUGUAUGUCGCGCUGGUAGAAGAGGUGACUUUUGCUAGAGAAUCUCAGUUUUGCAAUAUACAAAUCAUUCAAACUUAUCUAA